CAAAAGGCGAGCCACGACCGACCACUGUAGGCAUAUCUAAAGGUAGGCGCGACCUUGCUCGUAACUCCCCACGUUCCUUGAUUUCCAUCUCUUGCUCUUCAAUUCUUCACGGACAACCCUCAUACAGACGACACUUCUAUACCUCACUACAAACACACUCGACCGCAACCAUGGCACCCACUGCCGUCUCUAACCCCGAGCCCCCAACCACCAUGGCAAUCAAACCAACCAAGCCCACCAACCCCGGUCUCGAAGUCGAGAAGAAAGAAAAGACCCCCUUGGAAGCAAUCAGCCAAGGCGUCUGCCUCCCCGGCAUCCCAAAAUACAUCUCCUUCGACGCCCACCGCCGCGACAUGCUCCAACACAUGGCCGGCGCCUUCCGCGUCUUCGCCCGCAAAGGCUACACCGAAGGCAUGAGCGGCCACAUCUCCGUCCGCGACCCCGAAAACCCGCACACCUUCUGGACAAACCCUCUGGGCAAACAUUUCGGCCUGCUCAAAGCUUCGGAUAUGAUUCUGGUGGAUUAUGAAGGCGUGGCUGUAGGUGGGAAUAUGUCGAGACCGGCUAAUGCGGCGGGGUUUUUGAUCCACAGUGCGGUGCAUAAGGCUAGGCCUGAUGUUAUUGCUGCGUGUCAUACGCAUUCGCCGUAUGGAAAGGCGUGGAGUACGUUUGCUAGGCCGUUGGAGAUGUUGAAUCAGGAUGUGUGUUAUUUCUACGGCGAGGCUCAGGCUGUGUACAAGGAGUUCGGCGGUAUUGUGUUCAAUGAGGAGGAAGGACUCAAGCUUGCCAAUGCUUUGGGACCCAAGGGCAAAGGUAUGAUUUUGAGAAAUCAUGGUUUGUUGACUGUGGGUACUACGGUUGACGAGGCUGCGUAUCUUUAUACGUUGAUGGAGAGGAGUUGCGAGGUGCAGUUGUUGGCCGAGGCGGCGUGUGCGAGUGGUAUUCAGAAGGUCAUUGUGCCUGAUGAGUCUGCUGCUUACACGUACAAGAUGGCCAGCGACCCUGACGCUCUUUAUGAAGAGUUUCAGCCUGAUCUCGAGUACGAGGAUGCCAUGACCAAUGGCGACUUCAGAAAUUGAUAGCAUUACAGUGGCGUUCUUACUUGAUAGGUAUGUAGUCUUUCUUACGAUUCAUGGUUCUUUAUUACAUCCAGUCUCCCACUAGAUCCGACUAUGUUUGUCACAAGUUUCGUGUCUCGUCGAUGCAGCUUCUCAUCUUUCAUAUUCACAUCACAACAGCACACUCAGUGGGCGAUUCAGACAAGAUUGGAAAGGGCAGUGCGUAUUGUAGAGUGUUGACAUAGCAAGAGCAAGCUGGACAUUCGCUAUCCUUGCGAAAUU